AUGUGCAACGAUGAGGUCGCAGGCGCAGGCCCAGUCAUCAUCGCCGAGGACAGGGUUUGGGAUGACAGUUCAUCAGACCAUGCUUCUAGCUUUGCGUCGUCAACCACCAGCUUGACUAGCUCUAUCUUUCAACAUCGCAUAGAGAAUGGCAGGACUUACCACAGAUAUAAAGACGGCAAAUAUACUAUGCCAAAUGACGAAAAAGAGGCCGAUAGACUAGAUCUACAGCACAACCUGUUCCUCCUCACGUUUCUAAACAGGCUUGGGCGGGCUCCUCCCGGCGACAAGGACUCUGGCGUGAAGCGAGUUCUCGACAUCGGCACAGGCACCGGUCUCUGGGCCAUCGAGUUUGCAGAUGAGCACCCCGAGGCUGAGGUUUACGGCGUGGAUCUUUCGCCUGUCCAGACAACUGCUCUUCCCCCGAAUGUGAAGUUUGAAGUAGACGACGUCGAAGAACCUUGGACGUAUUCGAGACCGUUCGACUACGUCCAUACGAGGAUGAUGACCAUGAGCGUAGGUGAUUGGUCCAAGUUAUUCAAACAAGCCUUCAAACACUUGGAAGUCGGCGGAUAUUUGGAAAUCCAAGAAUGCGACCUCAAUCCUCGCUGUGAUGACGGUACCCUCACCUCAGAUCAUGCAAUGACCAAGUGGAUCAACCUGCUUGGCGAAGCCAUGGUAGUAUUUGGACGGCCUUUUGUUGACAUCCCUGAGCUGGUGUCCGUGAUGGAAGAUGCCGGCUUCGUCGACGUCAAGAUUGAGUCAUACAAGUGGCCCAUCAACGAGUGGCCGAAGGACCCUCACUACAAGGAAAUUGGCGCAUGGACGCAUGCCAAUUUCAUGGAAGGCCUCGAGGCUUGGACUCUGGCUCCGUACACUCGGGCGCUGAACUGGGAACCUGAGGAGGUCCUCGUCUUCAUGGCUGAGGUGCGCAACAACUUGAGGAAUCGUAACAUUCAUGCCUAUUGGCCAAUCUACUCGGUUUACGGUAGAAAACCCGAAGAGAAGGAGGCAGAGGAGCCGGCGACCUGA